UCCUCGCCGGCAGACGCGUCCCAGCAACAUGAAGUCCCUUGUUUUCGCCGCCAUGCUGGCCGUGGCCUCGGCUGCCCCCCAGUUCAACAACUACAACUCCGCCCAGAAGUCGGUGUACAGCAAGCAGCAGUACGAGGAGCCCGUCGUGCAGCAGAAGGCGUCGGUGAGCCAGUACGUGCAGCCCAGCAAGCCCGUGCUGCCGCCCAUCGCCAUCACCAGCUUCGAGCGCAACGUGCAGCCCGCCGGCGACUACCAGUUCAGCUACGGCACCGAGCACGGCAUCAACAUCCAGGAGGACGCCAAGAUCAAGGAGAUCCGCGACGAGAAGAACGAGCCCCACCACGUGCCCGCCGUCACCGGCUCCUACUCGUACGUCGGCGACGACGGCCAGACCUACACCGUCAACUACAUCGCCGACGAGUUCGGCUUCCGCGCGUCCGGCGCCCAUCUGCCCAACCCGCCGGCCGUCCCCGCCGACAUCGCCAAGGCCGUCAAGACCCUGCCCCCGCUGCCCAAGGACGAGCCCGUCCAGCAGGUGCAGCAGGUGCGCCAGCCCGCCUUCCAGCAGUACCAGCAGCAGCAGAGCCAGCAGAGGUACCAGCAGUACAAGCAGUUCUAAGUACCUGACACUCCCCCUUCCCCUCAACUGUCCUUUCUAAUGUAAAUAAUUUAUUAAAAUAAAAACAGAAAACACGAAAA